AUGUCAGCGGACUACUUGGGGCCUCGACCCAAAUUCACGGAGAUGGGCCUCUCAACGGUGAGCCCUUCGGAUCCAUUCAUCAGGUCGGACACCGGGGAGGUCUGCGUUCGUUUGGCCUACCAGGAGAAUCUGCCGCUACUAUGGAGUACAAAGCUUACUUCUGUCACAAAUGAUUCUUCGGAGGACUUUUCCCACAUGGUGAGUAUAUUUUCUACAUUUAGACAUUCAAUUGUUUCUCCUCUUUAUCUCCGACCACUUUAA